AUGAAGCUCAUUCCCGAAAAGGUGGAAGAACGAGACAAGCUCCCCGGUGGUGCGCGGCGUCCGCCUGGUGAGGCAGUUGAGGUAGGAGGCCAAUGUGAGCAGGGGGUCCUCGCCGCCGCAGACGGGAGAGAGGAUGGUGAGAAGGAUGUUGCCAGUUUCCAAUUUCUCAGGCAGAUCCUCCUCUCUGAAUCCCAUGUUGACACGGCUUUUGCGGCAGAUGUUGCACGAGUCGAAGGGAUGAGUCUGGAACUUGGAGUCGGGGCCGUCAGUCAGGAAGGCCUGGAGGGGGGACGGAAUUUUGGCACCAUUUCCAUACUUAUAAUCCUGCCAGCCACCAUCAGAUUCCCCUCGAGAACACUGUGA